GCCUGCUUUCUCAGCCCUGUAGUCAUGGCCCUAGGUCUCCUGUGGCUGGGCCUUGCCCUGCUGGAGGCCCUGCAGACCCAGGCCUGGGUCUCUACCCUAAACCUGAUCCCAGCCCCACCUCUGCUCAGGGUCCCUCUGCAGCCUGACUUCCAGAAUGACCAGUUCCAGGGGAAAUGGUACGUCAUAGGAUUGGCAGGAAAUAAAUUUAACAAAGAAUACCUUCAGUUUACAAUGUAUGCCACCGUCUAUGAGUUGAACGAAGACAACAGCUACGAUGUCACCUCUAUCCUGGCCUGGAACCAGACCUGUGAUCACUGGCUCAGAACUUUCAUCCCAAGUUCUCAGCCAGGCCAAUUCACCCUGGGAUACAUUGAGCGUUACAUUGGAACCCAGAGCUACACGGUACGAGUGGUGACAACAGACUACAACCAGGUCGCCACGGUGUUCUUCAAGAAAGUUUACAACAACCAGGAGUACUUCAAGAUCACCCUCUAUGGGAGAACCAAGGAGCUGACUCCUGAGCUGAAGGAGAACUUCAUCAGCUUUGCCAAAUCCCUGAACCUCACCGACGAGCACAUCAUUUUCCCUAUCCCCAUCGAUCAGUGCAUCGAUGAGUGAUCAAGAGUGCGGUGCCCUCGGACUCUCUCCACCCCAUCCGCUUCACGUUGACCUCUGCCCAGGGCACCGCCCAACUGUCCCCACCAGACUGGACACCAGUGAGAGAGCCAGGAGACCCUUCUCACUGGACGGCCUAUGAGCUCACUGUUCCCCAGGCUGCCCUGUGGACAGAAACCCUUCUUGCUUGCCAAAUAAACACAUGUUC